CAGAGUUUCAGUGUGACCUCUACUGCAGUUGAAAAUAUUCGAGAGCGGAGGUUGAACCCAUUAGUUUUUUCUGACGAUGUAGCCUCUGUCUGCGGAGAUAGAGUCACUAAUUUUGUUUUGACCGGAGCCCCUUCAUUUUUUUUCCUCCCCCGCUGUCGCAAGAAGGGCUUAUGUGCUCCUUGCUGCUUGAUUUCGGAGCAGGGGUGCUGUGUGUUGCUGGGGUUGAGUCCGUUUUAGCAGCGCCGCAUCAAUAUGGCUUUGUUCGGUGUGCAGCUGGUGGUUACCAUGGUAAUGGCCAGUGUAAUUCAGAAAAUUUUACCUCAUUAUUCCUUCGCAAGAUGGCUACUGUGCAGUGGCAGUCUUCGGUGGUAUCAGCACCCCACGGAAGAUGAGUUGAGGAACUUGGCUGGGAAACAAAAGGGACAGAAAAGGAAAGACAGGAAAUACAAUGGUCACAUAGACAAUAAACCACUAACUGUUCCAAAGGACAUAGACCUGCAGCUGGAGACAAAAUGCAUCACAGAAGUGGACACGUUAGCAUUGUACUACUUCCCUGAGUUCCAGUGGCUGGUGGAUUUCACAGUAGCAGCUACUGCGGUUUAUUUGAUCACAGAGCUGUACUACAGCGUGGCUCAGCCCUCAGGAGAGAUGAACAUCAGUGUGGUCUGGUGCCUACUUGUACUCGCCUUUGUCAUUAAAAUCCUUUCUUCCCUUACGACCCACUACUUCAAGCUAGAGGAAGGAGGCGAGCGCUCCCUCUGCAUUACAUUUGCUUUCUUUUUUUUUGUCAAAGCGAUGGUGAUUCUCAUUGUCACUGAAAACUACCUGGAGUUUGGUUUGGAGACAGGUUUUACAAACUUUUCUGACAGUGCUCAACAGUUUCUGGAGCAUCAGGGCUUAGAGUCACAGGGCCCCAUAUCUAAACUCACCUUCAAGCUGAUCCUUGCCCUACUCUGUUCUCUGAUUGGAGCAUUUCUAACCUUCCCUGGCCUACGAUUAGCCCAGAUGCACCUAGAUGCACUUAAUCUAACUACAGCAAAAUUUACACAAACACUGCUUUAUAUCAACUUCCUUUCUCCUCUGAUCAUGGUCCUGCUGUGGGUGAAGCCUAUCACCAAGGACUACAUAUUGAAUCCCACUCUUGGGAAAGAGAGCGUGCCUUUGAUGAGUGAGCAGGCGUACGAUACGUGGCGGUUAUGGGUUAUUAUACUGAUGUGUGUGCUCCGGCUCGCCAUGAUGAGACAUCACCUGCAGGCCUACCUCAACCUGGCACAAAAGGGCGUGGACCAGAUGAAGAAGGAAGCGGGACGGAUAAGUACAGUUGACCUGCAGAAGAUGAUUGCGCGUGUUUUUUACUACUUGUGCGUGAUCGCAUUGCAGUAUGUGGCACCCCUGGUGAUGCUGCUGCAUACAACGUUGCUGCUAAAAACUUUAGGUGGUCACUCCUGGUGGGUCUAUCCCGAGGAAGACUUGCCUUGCCUCCAUGAGAUGAACUCUGAUUCUGUUACCGGGGCAGAACGAAUAGCCCCUCUAAAACCAGAUACAGUGGUGGAAACAGGAGCACAGGCAUCGGUGGCCCAACUUUCGAUGGCUCUGGGGGGCUUACGGACUGUUUUUAGCCCCUUACUUUUCAGAGGCCUCUUUUCCUUCUUCACCUGGUGGAUUGCAGCCUGUCUGUUCUCCACCUCCCUUUUUGGCCUCUUCUACCAUCAGUAUCUCAUGGCGGCAUAGCAGCAACAUGAGGUGUGGCAUUUAACCCCCUACAGUGCGACUGUAUUUUGGGCAUGGUCAGAAAAGGACUUAGUGGGGGGGGCUACAGAGGCCCACUGCUGGCUCUGCUCCACAACUCUUACUCCUUCUCCUCCAUGUCUCUGACCGCCUCAGAACAACGGACCAUAUCAUCAGAGCUCUUGGUUUUACUCCCAGUGCUUCCUCCACAGAUGACUCUGAACUCUUUAUUUGAUUUUUACUUCUAUAAAAGUGAUGUUUUAUUCAUUUGCGCAGCAAACAUAUAACUAUAAGGCUCAUGAUUAAACAAUGAGAGGUAAAGAAAUCAGUGUCAUCACUAAAGUGACAGCGAUUUUGACAAUAAAUGCUACUGACAUCUUUAUGAAUUUUAAAUGAUAAAAGUAAUGAGAGAUGCUGAUUAUAAUUAUUGGAAAAAAUAAAAAUCUAGGCUUUCAUGUAGUUCUGCAUUUUUUCAUCAGAAACUGGUGAUUAAUGCAGUUUAUUCAACAACAGGCUACAUGCUGUUGGUCUGUAAUCAGAUCCAUGAUAUCUUAAAAAAAAGGCAUAAAUGCAGCUUCUUUACUACUUUCUACAGGUCAAUUAGAGUCCAGUUUUAAAUCAUUAUUUUGUUUAGAUUAUCUAAUUUUAAUGAUUGCCAGGUCAUUCUUCUUUUUUAUUUAUUGUACAUCAGGCCUGGACUGGUUUGAGUAUAAAAACUCCACCGUUAACAUGAAAAUGUAAAACAAAAAAAUAAUAAUAAUCUCUUUUAUUUAAAAUCUAAAAAACUGUUGUUUCUACUGCUGUUAAGCUAUUACAAAAUACUGAUUUAAAAUGAUUAUGAAAAUGUUACCUGUCAUUGUUUUUAAUGCUAUUUUGUUUUAUACAUUAAUGCAAAUUUAUAAUAUAAACACCCACAAAAGUUAUUAGUCAUUUUCAAAUGGUUACCCCACAGAAUAUUAUCACCAAUACUGUAGCUUUUUAAAGUCUUCAUGUACCUUGGUGUUAGUAUCCGACCUUUGCCUACCUGGCAUAUUUCCAGACUCUCUGGAAUAUGACUGGAUACGUCCAAACAUGCCAUUUGUAAACCAGGAUGUAUCAAACUCCUUUUUUUUUUUUUUUUUUUUUUUUUAUUUAAUGGGUUGUAAAGAAGCUGCAUUUAAAUCAAAGAAUAUCUGGAGCCUUCUAAUCCUCUUUUUCUCAGCAGUUUUGUGUGUCCUCUAUUUGUUGGGUAACUGAUCUCUACCGUACGGUGGUCACGGUUGCUUGGGUGCCGGUCAUCUCUCCCCUUCACCAGGUCAUGUUUUUGUAGGUUUGGUCUCUUUGUACCCGACCUUUUCUGGAUAUUAUUAAAAGGGGUCCUCUCUCGCGGGAUGUUUUGUAUCCACCGUGCUUCAGUUUGUGUCCACCCUGGGGUUUUUUGUGUUAACUCAUAGGAGUGAGCUGGCCCAAGCAUGGAUCUGAUUCUCUGUCUGGGGAAAUAAGGUGUGAUGCAAUUAUAUAUGUGUUUAGUUUGCCAUUUAUCUUUUAUAAAAGUUCAAAUGGCUAACCUGAAGAGAGGAACCGAUACUCGAUGGUUAAGUACGGGGGUGUGAACUGGAAGCAGGUUGGGACCAAAUGGCAAAACGUGGGUACGGAAUAGGGUUAAGAGUUGUUCUUCGCAGUCCUCUUAAGUGUUUAAAGGUUUUGAUUUAUUAACAAAAUGGCCUGUUUUUUUUUUUUUUGUUGUAUUUUGUUUGUUUAAACAUGAUGUCUUACAAAGUCUUAAAACUUCAUAGAUAGGACCAGUUGAGUCCCUGCUUGGAAGUGCUGUAGUCUACCGGGGUUUUUAGAGGUGGAGAGCAAGAGCUUUACUCACAGAAGAGUUUGAAGAUGAUUUGUUUAAAGUUGUCUGACUGAGCUUGCCAUACAGGACAAAGUUGAAUAAAAAGAAAUGGAAGGAUAUCUGAUGUUUUCGUCAUGUUUAGUUUUUUAUCUUCACGGUUUUACUUGAGCCACGGUAGAAGGUGUGUGAAAAUGCCCGUCGUGGGCCUCAGUCAGGGUAGGCGCUCAUGUCCCCGUCUGUCUGCUGUCACGUGUUCUCUGCUGUACGUCAGCCGUAUUCUCAAAGGGCAUUGCGGUGAAGAGAAGUCAGCUGCUGUUAAGUCGACCCAGUUCGGUUUUUAUUUAAUUUUUAUCUAAACCAUAUAAAUGUGCAUUUGUAGAACUUGUUUUACAUUUUAAACGGUGCCAAGUGAGGGUCCUAGUACCCAACAGCCCUGUGCUCAGUUGCUGUAGGUUUUAUUUCUGCCACCGUGUGAAACUGCAUUCAAACUCUGCGGCCUUCAGUUUCCCUGCAGAUCCGACUUGGUACGUUGGGAGUUACCAGUUGUGGUUCACACAAAGGCUACAGGCGUCCGGCACGUGUGCGCACAAGCAGUCGUUGUGGUGAUGACUCUGACCAACACGCUUGCCUUGUGUUAUUAGGAAUGUAGUGCACAUAGUGUCAUAUUGACUACAAAUUACAGUUUAACUUUGCUCCAGCGGUUCGUCUUUGGGCUCAAUGUGUUGUUGAGUUGAAGUUUAUGGACUCCAGUUGUCAGUUUUCUACGUCGCGGCGUAUUCCAGCAGCGCCAUAUCAUUAUUUCUAAGCUCCUGAAUUUCAGUCUUAGCUUUAGUUUGUAUCUGUUUGAAACGAUCGGGGAAUAUGCACAUAGUGAAUGUAUGAAUCCUGCCUAAUUUGUUUUUUAGAUUGUGUUCUAAUGCAUUGAUUUGAGUUGAUUUAACCCGCUUUCCACCCACAUCCCUGCAAUUCUCCAACUCAUUCCUUUUCUAAGAUGUUUAAUCCGAUCUGAUCAUGAUCGUAUUUGUCCUAAUCACUUUUUUUAUUUGCAUUGAUUUAUUGUUUGGGGGGUGGGGGGUGGGUUUGUUUUUUUGGUUUUUUUUGUAUUUGCUGAGGCCUGUAAACAUUUCCAAUUUGAAUUGUAAGCCGUUCAUUUUGUUGUUGAAGUGCACAAUGGCUAUUUUUUUUUUCUUCAAAUAUGUUUGACAAAUCUGUGACAGAUUAACUUUUAUUUAAUAUCCUUGUCUGGGUAGUUGAAAAAAUAUUUUCAAAGUUCACUGUCCAGAGGAACAGAUCCUAAUAUUUUCAGUUUUUUUUACCACUGAAAGUGUUUGUUACUCAUUUUUGGGUUCCCAAACUAAAAUAACACACAUUGUUCUUUCAUGUAUUUAUUUCUGCUAUAGAUUUUGUCUUAAAUAAAUUAUGUUCUUUACUUUGUCCAUACUUUCUAGUCUUGUACGUUUAUAGACACCCAUACUAUAAACAAAAGACGAUGGUUUUUCAGAAGGUGCUUGAAUACGACUUUGAACUGAAAUCCGUUUUAACUAAAAAUAUUCUUUGUCACUUUGUUGAGGGUAGAAAUCAGUUAUUUUCCAUUUUAACCCAUGUACCUGAUUGACCAAAGAAAUUCAUGUGUGGAUAUUUAAUAUGCAUUGUUAAUUAUUUUGUCAAUAAGAUCAUCCACUAUAAAUCCAGUUGAGCAACA